AUGUGGAUGUGGUGUUUGCUGUUGAUCUUUCUGCCUCUGCUGCAGCCAGGCCUCAGUCAGCCUUUGUCGAUUCUCAUCUCUACGGGAUUUGGCCGGAACUUGGACCUCAAUCAGGAGACGGAAGACUUUCUGUUCAUUGAAGAUCCCGCCAAGGGGUACUCCCCCAAUGAUCUGUUUGGGGAUGUGCAGAAAUUUUUCAUUGGCGUCCAUCAGUUUUUCCUGCAUAGCUCGCUCAAUCCGCUGCAGAGCAAUGCGAAAAAAACCCACAAGAAGCAAAAGCAACCUCUAUUCGUAGGUCAGAAUAUAAGCCUCAAUCCGUUUGGCAAUUUUUCUUUCAAUUUGGGACUGUCCCUCAAUUUCCAGCUGACGAACAGCAUUGGCUUCACGCGUACCUAGCAGCUACUCUCGCUGGCUGUCGGGCAGACUCGUGAAAUUAAAAAUAAAUAAUAAAAUUAAAGGGAA